GCGGCGCACGAUGCGCGUCCGCUCCCUCGCCGCACAUUCAGCCCUCACGGCCCUCGCCCUGUCGCCCCUCGCCCUCGGGGCCUCGUCGAGUGCGGCACACAAGGCCAAGAAGCUCGCAGCAGAGAGCAACCCGGACGACCCGACCGGCAAGACCCUCUACGUCACCGAGCCGGCUUGCGGGUUCUACCGAUGCGUCGUCACCUGGCCCAUCGGCGCGCACGUCGCCGUCAACUGGCUCGGUCCGCCGGCGGGUGACGUCUCGGUCUCGCUCGUGAGCAACAUCGGCGGGCCGACCUACACGAUCCUCGCCAGCACGCCGGGCACCUCGCAAGAGGGCUACUGCGAUAGCGGCUACGGACAAGGCGUCCUCGCGCCCGGUCACGAGUGUGGGCGCGUCGAGUUUGUCGUCCCGCAGGACUGGGAGCAGAUGGAGAACUACACGAUCGCGGUCCAGUCGCUCUCGGACGGGUCGCUCGCCGGCUACACCGACGCCAUCACGAUCGCGCCCUACAACGCCUCGUCGCCGUCCGCCGUCGCGUCGGCCGACAUCCCGCGCGGCACGUCGGCCUCGAUCGUCGCCAUCCCGGCGCCGACGAGCACCAACUACGACGCGAGCACCAAGUACACGGGCAAGGUGCCGUCGCCGACCGCCGCCGGCGCUGCGACCCCAUCCUCCUCCUCCUCGACACCCGCCUCGUCCACCUCGGCCGCCGUACCGUCCACCUCGUCCGCCUCGGUCAUCUCGACGAGCGUGCGGGCCAGCUCGACCGGCGCCGACUCGGUCGCCGUCACCUCGUCCGUCGGCCAGACGGUCGUCAGCUCGGCGGUCGCGACGCCUUCCGCACCGGCGUCGUCGUCCGCAGCGGCGCCGAGUGCAGCAGGGCAGACCAACACGGCGUCCGGGCAUUUCGCGCGCGCCGCCGCAGGUCUGUGCGCCGCAGCAUUCGGCGUCGCGCUCCUCGCAUAAUCACCUCGACAACCUCCCUUUCCCCUGUCGCCCUCACACCUUCGCCUUUCACUUCCUUCCCGUAUCCCCUACACAUCGUUCUUCCCUCUCGUCCAUCUCUCACGCGAUACCUCGUUCGCCCCUCUCGGACCCGCACCAGCACCCUUAACUUAUCCUCCGCAUCGCCUCCCUCCCUCAUCUUUCGUCCCCUUCGCACCUCUCGACUCUCGUAAUCCGCCCUCGUACCCCCCUCAUUGUCGUAGGACUCUCUCAUCAUCCCCUCACCCUCGGUUGAUCCGACCUCCCCCUUCCUCCCUCGCACUCAUUCCUCGCGCCUUGGACAGACAGACACUCCCCGUAGCUCCCGCUCGACGCGCAAGGUACUCGGUUCUCUCG